GUGACGACUAGCGGGAGGGUGAGAGAAACGAAAUCCUCCCUUCUGCUUUGAUGACAGUAUGCUUUCUGUAAUCUUCAAUCUCACCAACUUUCUUUGUAACUAAUCAUUUGUAAAAAAAAAAAAAAAAAGCGACGCACAGCUUUAUCUGCUGAAGUGCGAAAGGAUUUUUUUAGUGUGUUGCUGAAGGCGUGUCGUGCAUCUGUGUUAUUAUGCUUAAAUCUCUCAUGUGAUGUCUUGAUAUUCCCGCCACUAAGAUAACUGUAACGUUAUAUCAAUGUAAGACAGAUGGCUGGACAAAACUCGGAAAUCGAGCUUGAUUUGAUCAAAACUGGGGAGAGAAGCACGUUGGUAAAAGCUGUAACGGAGGCAUCCAGCACAGCACCUAGGAGGCUCUCGCCAAUUCCUGAGCUGGAUCUCUGGGAGAAAGAAGCCGAAACGGACUCUACAGAAUUCACAUACUCCUUAUGCUCAGUGGACAGAUACAGCACUGCCUCCUCCUCCACCAGCUCCCUAUCUGACUCCCAGGAGAGAGGAGAACUCUGUGCCGGGAUUGUGCUGAAUUGUCUCUUCUGCCGAUUCUACGACUUGUUCCUCAUGCUACCUGAAACAUUGGAGCGAGCUGCUCACUCCAUCUGCCCUGCCUACAUGCUUUUCUCACCACCCGCAGAACCUUCACAUAAUAACAGCUGGAACUGCAGUUGUGAUUUUGACUGUGGCCUUACAGACGCCUGCCACGAAACAGGGGAAUGUCUUGAACUAGUGAUGGAAAUUUCUGAGGUUUGCUAUCACUGAGGUCCCUGCAAAACUGAAGAUAUUGCUUUUUUGGGAGAAAACCUUUCAAUUCCACAUCACUUUGAAAUAAAGUGUCUAUGCCACUUUGAAAAAAAAUGGUCUAUGCCAAAGCAAGCUACAGAAGUAAAUGUUAAUUUGGACCUACAGUAUCAUAAUCAAAAUAAGUCUUGGAAAAUAAAUGUUAACAUGACAUUAAAGGGGUGAUAUGAUGCGAUUUCAAA